CCUGUGAGGGAGUCUGUAUUCCUCACUGACUCUUCUUGUACUCAUCUUUUUAGCAUUUUGCUCUUCUUCUUGCUCCUUCUGUUGCUUCCCUGUCUAGCUCUGGUGACGGUGCGGUGGUCUCAUCGUCUAGUCUUUGUUAUAUCUCCAUAUCUUCUGCAUCUGAAGUUAAUUGCAACAGUAUACUCCAUCUUGCUGUCUGCCUCGCUAUUCUUUGUCCGUUGAGAGUGUCAGGAUACUGGUCAAUGUGAAAGAAGAAGCCAAUGGCCCAAGGUCCUCUGUAAAGUUACUAAGUCAAGGUUGCCCCUAUGGCUCCAGGUCUUGUCACCUCUGAAUCUCAAGGCCACCUCCUUACUCCCCUAUGCUCUGCAGCUGGACUACUUCUGCUGCUCUGCAGCCUCUGCACACUCUGCAAAAGGAGGAAGAAGAGGAGGAUGAGAAAUGUUUGUUCCAGUGGAGUUGCCCUUGUUGACGUGACCUUGCUGCGUCAGACUCAACUACGAUCACUCAGUAAGUCUGACACCAAACUGCAUGAGAUCAAGAGGCCCCGACCAGGAGACCCUUACCUGAGGCCAGUCAGUAUGGAUCCGCUCUACCACUGCCCACAGUGGCCAGUGCCGAAUGCCUCUUCCACGGAGGAUGCCACCUACUCAAACUUAAACUACAACCCUAAGAACUCCCUGUACGAAUGUGUGGGAUCUCGGGAAGACAAGGAACCUUCGCUAAGCAAAUCUCAGGUCAAUGUAGUCACUGCUGAGUACGCCUGUGUGCGGAAGGUUAAGAAGGCUCAAGACACCAGGGAAGAGGAGAAGACCCAACCACCAGCACCUUCUCAAGAACCCUGCCUUCAAAGCCGAUCAGCCGACCUGAUCCUUGAAGACAUGUACUCCAAAGUUCAAAAGAAAAAGAGACCGACUGGAACACAGAGCACUGAAGGGUUAAUAAAGACGAGUAUUGAAGAUGUCAUUCAUCCUGAGUUUCCGAUCUGUCAACCUGAAGAAAACCUGUACGAGAGUAUAAGUGAUAUGGGCAGCCAUCACACUAACUACAGCAAAGCUUCUGACACCUAUGCUUAAGACUUUAGACUUCAAUUCCUUCCAAAUCUCUGCUUGCUGUCAGUGAUUGGAAACAUUCUUGUCUAACACGUGAAUGCUGAAAACCCAUACAAACCUCUCACAACUGAGGGUUUAUAACAAGUGUGUCCAAGGCCUGUCUAUUGACAGCAAGCACAGGUCUUCAAAUUUAGUGAGGAAUUGAAACACAAAGUACAACAGAAAGUUGCAGAACUUUUCAUCAUAUAAUGAUUAAGCUUUAUUUACGGGAAAACUCAUUUAAAGGCGAAAUUAUCCUUUCAGAGUUGGGGCAGUAGUCUUGGACACACUGAUUCCCUAUUUGAAGUGGCUGCACAAUCCUCGGGUUACUGUCUCUUUAAAUUCAAUAGUGCAAUAUCAUUAGUGCUGUGCCAGGACAUAAGGGCUUCUAGGUGAAUACAAGUUCACUGACCCCCACCAAUAACCUCUUCUGGAAUGUCACUGAGAUAUUGUUAAUAACUAUAUGGUGGAGUUCCCCUUUAAAGUAGUUGUCAUCAUGGAGGCAGACAUUUUGUUAGCUCAUUUAAAGGGAACCUGGCAUUUGUUAAAAGUAACAUUGGUCAAAUGACUAAUGUUAAGUGCCCCCUCCCCCAAAGUUGGGGUGAUCUAGCAUUAUUUAGUCAAUGCCUCUUUGAUCAUGCUGGAGGGGCAAGGUUCUGGCCACAAAAUGGAUGCACGACAACAAUCCCAAUCAAUCCCUACUUACUGGGCUACAUUCGCAUGAAUAUAUAUAUAAAAUCGCUGCCUGUGCUGUGUGAAGACUUCAAGUAUAAGUUGCUUUGUAAAGUGCUUCACCUCCGAGAUGCAUUAUCAGGGAUGUCCAACCUGAGUUCCUCCAUCUGUUACAAAACUACAACUCCCAGCAUGCCUGGACAGCCUACAGCUAUCGGUCUACAGCAGGGCAUUGUGGGGGUUGUAGUUUUACAACAGCUGGAGGGCCGCAGGUUGGGCAUCCCUGCAUUAGAUUAUGGAUUGACUUGAGAAUCAUAGUAAGGGACAAGGAGCACUAUAAGGAGCCCUUUACUCUUGCUA